AUGUCGCAGAUCUUGAAGAGGCUUCAUCGAGGAAGCAGUGGAUCAGGCGAAGGAGACGCACUGGGAGGCGACAAAGGCAAGGGGAAGGCUUCAUCAUCUAAGGGCAAAGGAAAGCGGGUGGCACGCGACGAAGAGAAUGAGAAGUCGGCUCCAUCCGACGGCGGCGAGAGGAAAAAAUCUGCGAGAAAAUUCACCUUCAGAGAUCUCGCCACAGCCACUCACAACUUUAGGGAGUCGAAUCUGAUCGGAGAAGGCGGCUUCGGGAGAGUCUACAAAGGUGAUUCGAUUCAGACUAGGCAAAUUGUGGCCAUCAAGCAGCUUAAGCAGGAUGGUUAUCAGGAGAGCAACGAGUUCCUGGUGGAAGUCCUAAUGCUCACUGUGCUGCGGCAUCCCAAUCUUGUGAACCUGAUCGGCUACUGCGCCGAGGGAGAUGAGAGGCUGCUAGUUUAA